CCGCCCAUGAUCACCUCUAUCUUCCACUCCCCCCUUAAGUUUCCUUGUCUCUUUUUUGUGAUUUCCCUUUUUUUCGUCAUUAAAUUAAAUACUGUUUAUUCUCCAUUGUUAAAUCAUAGCAAUAAGGAUUUGAUCAAAAACCGUCCUCAAAAUUUUAUCAAAAAAUGGGUAUAAAGAGACCAAGAAGUGGACAUGAUAAAGCAAUUGUGAAUGUUUGGCAAAGGGAAGUUGGCCUACUCUCUACUAGAAAUUUCGCUCAUCGUCUUGUUGCUUCUGAGGAUCUUGUUCUCAAGUUUGAUAUUUUGAGGAAGUUGGAGAAGCAUAGAGGCUGUGUAAAUACAGUAAGCUUCAAUGAGUCUGGUGAUAUUCUCGUGUCUGGCUCUGAUGACAGGAAAGUUAUACUAUGGGAUUGGGAAAUUGGACAUGCUAAACUCUCAUUUCAUUCCGGUCAUGUUCAUAAUGUUUUUCAGGCAAAAUUUAUGCCUUACAGUUACAGUGAUGACUGUAGCUUGGUAACUUGUGCAGCAGAUGGCCAGGUGAGACAUGCACAAAUUUCAGAAGGUGGCCGUGUGGAGACUUUUUUGCUUGGCACUCAUGAAAGUCAAGCUCAUAAGUUGGUAAUUGAGCCUGGAAGUCCUCACAUCUUUUAUAGUUGCGGUGAAGAUGCGUUGGUUCAGCAUUUUGAUCUAAGAACUAAAGAUGCUACAAAACUUUUUACAUGUCGUUCAACUCCUGAACGGAGGUAUGGCAUACGGCUAAAAGUGAGUUUGAAUGCUAUCGCAAUCGAUCCCAGAAGUCCUAAUCUGUUUGGGGUUGGAGGGUCUGAUGAGUUUGCUCGUGUUUAUGAUAUCCGGAAAUGUAAGGAAGAUGGCUUAACUGCUUCAGAUCAACCUAUAAACUACUACUGCCCUGUACAGUUACUUGGUGAUAACAGUCUAAACAUAACAGGUUUGGCAUUUUCUGACCAAAGUGAGCUUCUUGUAUCCUAUAGUGACGAGCAUAUAUACCUCUUCAGUAAAUAUAUGGGAUGGGGACAAAAUCCUGUUUCAUCAUCUCCUUUGUCAACAAGUAGUGAUUUCGAUGAAUUUGGAUAUGAUAAUGCUACUGAGGCAUCUAAAUCUGUCUUGGAUACAGAAAUAAAAUCUGUUCCUCAAGUGUACAAGGGUCACCUUAAUCAAGUCACAAUCAAGGGUGUAAGUUUCUUUGGGCCUAAAAGUGAAUAUGUAGUUAGUGGAUCUGAUUGUGGUCGGAUAUUUAUCUGGAGAAAGAAAGAUGGAGUGCUCAUCCGCGUGAUGGAAGCUGAUAAAGAAGUUGUUAACUGCAUUGAGGCACAUCCUCAUACUGCUGUUCUUGCGAGUAGUGGAAUUGAGAAUGAUGUCAAGAUAUGGACUCCAAAGGCAGAAAAGAGAGCUACUUUGCCUGCCAACAUUAAUGAGGUUCUGAUAAGUGCUCCAACUUUUCUCUUUGAGUCUGAUGACUCCGAAUUUGAUGAGGAUGACGACUUGUAUACCGAUUCUUACGAUGACGACUUAUAUGAUGACGUAGAUGAAGUCUAUGGUUAUGAUGACGAUGGAGAUGGAGAUUACAUCGAUGAUGAUAACAAUGAUGAUGACAUUGAUGAUGAUAACAAUGAAGAUGAAGAUGAUAUCGAUGAUGAUAACAAUUAAGAUGAAGAUGAAGAUGGCAACAAUGAAGAUUGCAGAUAAUUUUGGAUGAUAUCAAAACUAAAAACGAUGAUGAUUUUAAUGAAGAUGAUACCAAAACUAACAAAUAAUUUUUGAUCCAUUUCCAGUGGAGGCCGAGGCAAAGGCGCUGGAUGUAUAUGUCUUCAGCUCAGGAGCUGCUUUUGAACUUCUUUACUCAGGAAAACCGUCUAUCAAAUCUGGAGCGCAACAGUGAUAAUUCUGGUUCAAGACAUGAUCUCCUCGAGUUUAUGUUACUCAGAAGGCACGACGAUUAUCCUUCCGAUGAUGAAGGAGAUGACCUCAGCGGCCCUGAGGAUUUUUUCAGCUGAUUAUACUAUUAUUCUUAGAUUUUAUUGGGAGAGUCUGAGCCUUAAAAUUGUAUAUAUGGUCUUGGUGAAUAUUUGUGAAUCAUCUAAAGUAUCGAAGAUUUUUCUUACCAUGAACAUGAUCAAUUUCUGGGAGCAUUAUCUUCAGCUUUUGUUCUUGUCAUCGUCUAAUCUUUAUAUAGCUUUGUUUUUUCUUGUUCA